AUCACGACCAGGGAGGAUGAAUUAAGAUCGGGCGCAAGAAUUUAUAUCAUGCUAUGGCUGUUAUACUUAGUUUAAGACACUUUGUUAGAUCGAAACCAUGCAUAAAAUAAAAUAAAAAUUUGAAAACCACCAACAAGCGAACGAGUUCUUAUCUUAAACGCAUGCGCUUCUCAAUAUGCACGAAAUGCUGCUUCGUGAUAAUUGGAAGCCAAAUUGUGGCCCUUGCGGUUUCCGUUCAACGAUCUAACAUUGAACUGUAUAAAAGUGUACCAGUGACUCAGCUUGGCGCUUAGUUCAUUUCUACCGAUUACUGUCGAACCAUCAGCGAUGACUGACAAAACGUCUCUAUUAGCACUGCUCCAGCGUCCGUUGGAACCGGCAUUUCUGCCCAAGGAUGACGGAAAAACCGUUCUCAUCAUUCCGGAGGAGUACAUGAGCGACCGUUAUCGACCUUUGACAACGGACAUUCAGUCUCGUCUCACUGGAGGAGCAGAUGUUGAGAUACCGGUGCGGAACGUGGGCAUUCCGGAUAUAGCGUUCGCGGAAGUGAUUGAUCGACGGGGCGCAUUUUCGUUGUUUAUUGAGAAGCAUCGUGAUAUUGCUGGUCGGUUGAUCAAUUUGUUCUUGAGCCAAAAGGAUGUCACAUCGCUGAUGGCAGUUGGUACCUACGCUAGGGAAAGGCUGAAUCCGUACCUGUUUCAGUAUGCAAUGACAGUUGCAAUGCAGCAUCGACCGGACACGAAGGAUGUACCGAUUCCACCACUAAUAGAACUAUUCCCAGAUCAGUUUGUGGACCCAGCCGUAUUUCCAAAGUUACGCGAGGAGGGAAAUGUUGUUCAGCAGGGUGAGCGGACCACAAUCGACAUUGAACCAAACUUUACCGCUUCGGAUCGGGAGAUGGAACAGCGCUUAGCAUACUUCCGUGAGGAUAUUGGAGUGAAUUUGCACCAUUGGCAUUGGCACUUGGUUUACCCAGCGGGUGCUGCUCCGGAAAUCGUUCGGAAAGAUCGUCGUGGAGAGUUAUUUUUCUACAUGCACAGUCAAAUCAUUGCCCGGUACAACGUGGAAAGGUUCUGUAACAAGUUGGCUCGAGUGCGUCCGUUGUCGAACUAUCGCGAGGCUAUUCCGGAGGCAUAUUUCCCGAAGAUGGUUCGUAGCUUGAACAAUCGUGCUUAUCCAGCCCGGGCUGCAGAAUCCGUGUUACGGGACCUAAAUCGAGUGGAUAACGAUACUGUUGUAUCGGUGAACGAUUUGCAACGAUGGACAGAUCGAAUCCAUCAGGCGAUCGACCAAGGAUUUGUGGUUGACUCAACCGGUAGGAACGUCCCCCUGGACGAAGUGAAAGGUAUUGAUAUUCUGGGGGACCUGGUAGAAGCUUCUACAUUGAGUGUCAACAGAAGAUUGUACGGUAGUUUACACAACGUAGGUCACGAUAUGUUGGCAUACAUUCACGAUCCUGACUAUCGCUAUCUGGAGGACUUUGGCGUUAUGGGCGAUGUUACCACGGCUAUGCGAGACCCUGUGUUCUAUCGUUGGCACGGCAUGAUUGAUGGAAUCUUUCGAAAGUUUCUCGAAACGUUAAGACCGUAUACGUCAGCUCAGCUGGGCUAUCCUGGAAUCAAGGUGAACAGUAUCAAUCUUCGUCUCAACCGACCUAAUGCGCCAGCUAACGUUCUGCUUACAUUCUGGCAAAAGUCUCAAGUUGAUCUGGCUGCCGGACUUGAUUUCGGACCAAAAGGAAAUGUUUUUGCUAGUUUCACUCAUCUUCAGCAUGCUCCAUUUGCUUUUGAAAUCAAGGUUACGAAUUCAACGGGAUCGGCAAAACGAGGAACAGCUCGAAUAUUUAUUGCCCCGAAGGUUGAUGAGAGGGGUACCAAAUUGACUUUCAAAGAACAGCGCUUGCUUUUUAUUGAACUGGAUAAAUUUGGAGUGAAUUUGAGACCUGGGGACAACACAAUAACACGUAAAUCGGAUCAAUCUAGUGUGACCAUACCAUACGACAGGACAUUCCGUAGGAUUGGUGCUGCUCAGACACCGACUGACGCAAGGCAAAGGGAAAUAUUCCGUUUCUGCGGUUGCGGAUGGCCUCAGCAUAUGCUUAUUCCGAAAGGAGCUCCGGAAGGGGUACAGUUUGAUCUGUUCGUAAUGAUUUCAAACUUUGCUGAUGAUACCGUCAACCAGGAAUUCGAUGAAAAUGCCGAUUGUAGCGAUGCACACUCGUUCUGUGGACUGCGUGACAAAUUAUACCCCGACAAGCGGCCGAUGGGUUUCCCGUUCGAGCGUCUAACACCGGCCACAAUUACGACGCUUGGGGACUUUAUUGGUUCCAAUACCAACAUGGCGUCGAACAAUUUACAAAUCAAAUUCACAAAUACAGUUAUUGCCAGAACUUGAGACCGAGGAACAGGGCGAAUAAACUUGCUGAUGUCUAGAACCAACCAAUCACAAAUAAAGAAAAAUAUAUUCCACACUAUUAGUAUG